UCUCCCGCCACGGUGACGUCACUCUGAGUAGUGUAGUGCAGUGAGAAGGAGCCAAAACCCAGCUCCGUCUGCGUUACAUGGCCCGUAUGUAACUAGCGAGUGUGUUUUAGAACGCGCGCCUCUAUAUCGCGAGUCGUCAUUUCGCGCGAGUAUUAUCAAUGUGCCCGAGCGGACGUCGCGGUCUCGGUAUCGCCGCGCAUAUUCGCGCGCAUACGUUCGUGCGACAACGGGAGUUUUACGCCGUCGAGACUCGCGGCUAACUUCUCGUUGCGUUCGCGCGCGUCUCGCUCUCGCGUCUACCUAACGAUCCGCCCGAUCUCUUGUCGUCGGUCGGAGACGAGGCGCGACACAAGUGGUGAAAUUUACGUAUCGGAAUAUCGGUAUGUCUAGAAAUAUAUGUGUGACUCGAGAGGGCUAGUGUUGUGAAAAAAAAAAGGAGAAAGUAAUCAAGUGUGAAUACGUAUUCCGAGAAGCACAGGCUAUGUAUAUAUGCUCUCGAUGCGUGUCGCCUACACGUGUGUACGUGCGUGUAUCGUCUAGAUACAUGCACGUAUAGAGAGAGGCGUGUAUAUGUGUACGCUAAAAGAGUGUCGUCGUUUCGUGCGCGGAAGGUCACGCGAGUAAAGCGGUAAAAAAAAAAAGAGAAAGAGAGAGAGAGAGAGAAAGAAGAAACGUGUUCGAAUUGAUUCGCGUUAUCAACAGUGGGCAACACACACGCUCGUUGGCGCGAGCGAUCGAGGCUCUCGCGGAGAGAGAAUUGUCGCGCGCGGGUGUUUGCACUGUGCCAUAUCGUCGUGUCGUGUGAUCGUGCCGUGUCUGCCGUGCUGUGCCGUGCCGUGUCGUGCCGUGCCGUGUCGUGCCGCUCCACGCGCGAGGCUCGAGCGAAGCGCGCGUGUUGACAACGUCGACGGGAAUUUAUUAUGCCACGCCGGGAUGAGUUGGUCCCGCGCGCGUCGAAUGGCCGGGGGGUGCUCCUCUCCUCGUGGUGUGACGUGUGAUUGAAAGGGAGGCGGCGGCCGCGACAAUAAUCCCCGUCUCACGCGGAUUCAGUGAUAUACGAUGUGGUGUUCUUCGGCGACGAUACCGAUCCUCGCAGUCGUAAUCGUCAGCGGUGUCUGCUAUCGAGGCUCCUCUUCCUCCGCCUUUUCUACGUCGGCGUCGGAGCGCGUCGCGGCGCAGAGUUUUCAUCUCGAGGGCCACGUCGCCGUCGUCGCCGUCGUCUCGGUGAUCGCCGUCGUUGCCGUGUCCACGCACGCACGUGCGAUCGCUCCCUCGACGUGUCGCGUCCUCGACGCCUGCCCCUGCCGGCCUCGUCUCUUUGCCGGCUAGUGACUAGUGCUCGUCAAAAAUCGUUCGUCUUUCUUUUCCUUCUCGUUUCGCGGCCGCGAGUGAUCGCGUUGCGAGUGCGGGACGCGCAUCUCCGUCGGUGGAGAUCGAGCGAAGACAGGAGCCGAGGAGGCUAGAUUCGAACGUGAAGAGAGGCUGAGGAGAAGGGGAGAGAGAGAGAGCCAGCCUGCUUUAAUCGACCGAAAAAUAGCGCGUCUUGUGUGUCGGUGAAGUGUACGGUGAAUUAUUGUUCCGGUCGAGGUUGUGUGUCGUUGUACAGUGCCUCCAAACGAUACCACAACAUCCGAUCCCAAAUGAAGAGUUCGGAGCAAAAUGGUUAGAGAGACACGUUACCUGUGGGUUGGAAAUCUGCCGGAAAACAUCCGAGAGGAUCGCAUCAGGGAGCAUUUCAAACGGUAUGGACGCGUGCAGAGCGUCAAGCUGCUGCCACGGGGCGAGGUGUGCCCUGUGGACGGAGGUUCCAGCAGUACCCUUGGCGAGAGCAAUGAGGGCGGUUCCGGUUCGAGUUCAGGCGGCAGCGGGGGCGGCGGCGGGGGCGGCGGUUCCUCGUCCAGCGGUGUGUGCGCGACGGUGGCGUUCAUGGAUAUCAAGUCCGCAGCGAAGGCUCACGCGACUGAGCACACGCUGGACGAUCGAGUCCUUACCGCACAGUACUACGAACCGCAGCAUCUUCAGCACAGGUUCCCCUCUCAUGGAAGUUCAGAGGAUCAUGGAUCCAACGGCGGUAGCGGGGGAGGAAGUAGCGGAACAGGCGGCGUUUCCGGCGGUAGCAGCGGUAGCGGGAGCACCGGUUCCGGGGUCGGCGGCAACGGCGGCGGCGGUGAACGAGGAGAGAGGGGAAGCGAGGGUUUCGACUCACGUGGUUCCCACGGCAGCUUCUACGGUAGCGAGAGGAGCAACCGAGUGGUUGGCACCGGGAGCGGCGGCGUCGUCGGCGGCAGCGGCAGCGGCAGCGGCGUCGUCGGCGUCGGCGGUCAUCCAACGGAUUCUUCGACGGGGGACCCUAGCGGUUACAUAUCCCGCCGUCCACCACCUACGAGCUCCUACCACGUGACAUCGAGCAGGGCGAGGGAUCGGCUAUACCCGAGGACCGGCCCGUACGUCUCCGGGCCGCCGCCCCCGCCCCAUUUAGACCGUCAUCGUGGAAGUCUCCCGCCGUCGUCUUGGUCAACGUACGAGCCGACGAGUUCAAGGUAUGGCAGCGCACCGCCGCCACCCUCGCCUGCCACCAAUGACUCUUACCAAGAUGAACAAGGAUACCUUUUAAGCCGGCGUGUAUCCCAUUUCCGUCAUAUCUUUUCUCCUGUAGGAGGUGGCGGAGGUGGUGGUAGCAGUAGCACUGGUGCUCUGCGACAGCACAAAAAACAACGCAGAAAAUCACGCAGCGGGAGCAGCUCGCCGAGCGGUAGCAGUCGCUCCGGAAGUAGCAGCAGCAGUCGGAGCGGUAGCUCGGGUGGCAGUACUUCCGGAGGUAGCACAUCGCCCGGUAGUUCACCACAUCGAACGAGCAAUGUAUCCGUCAUAGAGGAUCGCAGGCCAGUGGCCAUCUGCGUGAGGAAUCUACCGAUUCGCAGCAGCGAUUCCUCCCUCAAAGACGGCCUUUUCCAUGAGUACAAGAAGCACGGCAAGGUGACGUGGGUGAAGGUUAUUGGCACAGCCAAUGAGAGAUACGCCCUAGUCUGCUUCAGGAAGCCCGAGGAUGUCGAGAAAGCCCUCGAGGUUUCGCAAGAUAAGCUCUUCUUUGGAUGUAAAAUUGAAGUGGCCCCUUAUCAGGGCUACGAUGUCGAGGAUAAUGAAUUCAGGCCGUAUGAGGCGGAGCUCGACGAGUAUCAUCCGAAAGCGACGAGAACGCUGUUUAUCGGGAACCUUGAAAAGGAUGUUACUGCGUCCGAACUCAGGAAGCAUUUUGAACAAUUUGGCGAGAUAAUAGAAAUUGACAUUAAGAAACAAGGCGCCGUAUCGAGUUACGCUUUCUGUCAGUAUUCGGAUAUUGGUAGUGUCGUUAAAGCCAUGAGAUCGAUGGACGGUGAACAUAUAGGUGCGAAUCGAAUCAAACUCGGAUUCGGAAAAUCAAUGCCCACACCCUGCGUUUGGGUUGAUGGCAUUGGAGAUUGCACAUCCGAGAAGUUUUUAAGCUUGCAAUUCAAUACAUUUGGACCGACAACUCAGGUAGUGAUAGAUCGUGAACGUGGCCAUGCUUUAGUCUUUUUCGAUCAAAUAAGCUGCGCUCAAGCUGCCGUGAAAGAGAUGAGGGGAGUCACGGUUCGCGGCCGUCGUUUGCAGAUCGAUUUCGCGUCGAGAGAAUGUCAAGAAACUUUUUACGAACAUCUCGAGCGUCAAGGAAAUACUAGUGAAAAACCUUGGGACUCGAGACCUUCGCCAGCGUCGUCGUUUGACAUAACGAUUCCUUCUAGGCGGGAGCGCAACAGCUUCGAUUCUGCAGUCACAGUGCCGAGUUCGAGCAACAGAUUCACGCGCUAUGAUACGCCCCCGCGAUCUAGAACGACCAACUAUUCGCGGACUUCCGGAGGCAGUACACCAGGCGCGAGUCCAGCUCAUCCGACAGCAUUGUCACGAAGUAAUAGACGAUCCUAUCAAGAUUCCUAUUACGAUGGUGAUUAUGCCGAACCGGCGUCGAGACGUUUUCGCAGUUACGAUGAAUUUAGUCAAGGCAGCGGUGCAAGUCACGACGAUUACCAGAGCAGCGUACUCAGCGACGGCAAACUUAACGACGACGAUUGUCCGCCACCGUCACGACGUCACGCAGUGCAAAGUGUUGUUACAAGUAUCGACCCGCCUGCGCCACCGCCACCGUUAUUACCUCCGCCCGAUAUUCGGCAUCUCCAGAAGGAACGCGUCCAUUUGUUGGAGCAACUUGAGGAGUGCCAUAGUAGCGGCGAUGAGGUCGGUUUCGUGUCAAAGAAACGCGCAAAACUCGAUAACUCAUCGACGACAAUACUCUGCGAAGACGAGGAGCCGGAAAUUGCGUCGUUACUCGUUACCUCGCAUUCUAGUAGAAAAGGAAUGGAUUUUAGACGCGUUAGUGAUAGCAAAGUAGUAGUGCACCAUAGCACAAGGAGAGGUAGUUGCGAGGGUAGAGGUCCUGGACCUUGUAAGCGUCGUCGGGAUGCUACUAGCAGACAUCAUGAACACCACGAUGGAUCUCGACCAGGCACGCCUCUCGUUGACGAACGGCCGGAAAAUUUGAUACCGAGCGAGCCAAGAAGAUUCAGAGAAAGGAGUCACGAGGGUCCAUUGUCGUUACCUUUACCGAGGUUUGCGGCACAAAUGUUAAACAACAACAAUAAUACAAGCAGUAGUAACAACAAUAAUGGCAGCGGCUCUCGAUCGAACAAUGCAAGCCUUGCUAAAAUUGCUAGUCCUCCGUGUGCCAGUUUAUCUACUGCACCAAGUCCUCGUGCCGCACCGCAACCGCCGGCUUCGCCACCUCCCAGACAUACCAGUUCGAGCCCGACCAGUUCUGACAGUGAGACAGCGCCGCAAUCUCCUAGUCUGGAAGAAAGGAUACGCUCUCUGGAUGAAAAAUAUGAAAAGUGGUCCGGUUCGAGAGCAUUGAGUGCCGCCGGCGGCGAUGCUCUGGCGAAACUCGAUGCCAGCGCUUCGGAAAGAUUCCGAUUUCGGCAUAAAUUGCUCGAUUUGGAUCUCCACGAAGUGCAACCUUCCGAUAUCGUGAAAUCGGUCCUCGCGAAAAGGAGUGUGUUCGAUGAAGACUCGAAGCGAUUGGAAAACUUUAGCGAAAAAUACGAACCGCGGGAAUUCACUGGUGUUAUUGGCGUUAGUUCUAUGAUCGGUAGCACUGCUGGUCUUACAUCCACUAGUGAUGGUGGCUGUACCAGCAAAGUUUGUCUGCAGUAUCCGUUUCCUAGUCAUCCGCCGAUACAGCCAGCCAGCGGUACUUCGGUUACCAGUCAAAUCGGUAUUAAUACAUCAUUACCUGCGAGUUUAACUUCGACAACGACCAUAGUCUCGUCGGCACUAAAGACCGAUCCACGAAUGGUGCAACAUAAUUGCAUACAUCCAACGCCAGCAACACCGAUCACACCUGGUACAUCUAUUAAGACAGUUAGUCCCGAGUUGCCGCCAGUUUCUCUGCCGAUCGGCCUUGGAACGGCAGCUAGUAACAGUAAUGGUAGUGGUUUAGCGUCAGCCAGUAGUCUUUUAAGCAACAACAAUGGUAGUAUAGGUAACAUUCACAGCCUCGGAACCUCGACACAUCGAGGAUUGAGCAUCUCCGCGACUACCGCGUCACCCACGAUGACAGCGGCGACGGAUGCUUUCAACUCAACUGCAAUAACCACAGCGAUGCCUGUUAUAACGUUGAGUGCGACAACUUCGUCAACGACAGUAGCAACGACAACGAUGUCUGCAACAGGCGUGGUAUCUUCCAUGACUAUUACCAGUUCGAUAGCUCCACCGUCUUCCAUAACGUCCUCAUCUAAUUCUUCCUCUUCAUCAUCAUUAUCUGCAUCUUCCACAGAUUUGCCUCGUUCUCGUUUGAGGAAGGAAACGAGCGGUAGCAAUCGAGAGAAUAGAGACUCCCGCGAUGGGAGGGAUAGCAGAGAGUCGAAACAUAGUAAGGGUAAAGAUUGUCAAAGAAGAUCACGGAAAGAUGAAAUCGACGUCGAAAGAAACCGUAAAGAUAGGGAUGAAAAAGAAAGCACGAAUGUUGUGGUGAAUGACGUCGGAAAUACGGAUAAUCACAGCAAGGAUUUUAAAGAUAACAAAGAACUGAGGUACGAACGAAAAGAACGAGAAGAAAAAGAAAGGAGAGAUAAAGAUGAUCGUGAUAGACAAGAACGAAGGGAUAAAGAAGAUCGUGAUCGACAGGACAAAAAAGAAAAAGAAGAACGCGAAAGGCGUGAAAAAGACGAGGAGAGGCGAGAAAGAGAGAGACUUGAUAAAGAACGACAGGAGAAAGAUAGAAGAGAGCGAGAAGAAAGAGAACGGGAAAGAAAAGAAAGGGAAGAAAAUGAAAUUAAAGAAAAGGAGAAACGGGAGAAAGAACGUAUCGAUCGUGAGAGAAGAGAACGAGAGGAGAAGGAGCGGCAAGAAAGGCGAGAACGCGAAGAGCGUGAGAGGAGAGAACGUGAAGAACGCGAAAAGAAAGAACGGGAAAUUCGCUUAGAGCGCGAAAAGCAAGAAAAGGAACGUCUUCGAAGAGAAAGAGAGGAACAGGAAAGAAGGGAAAAAGAAGAACGAGACAGGAUAGAACGAGAAAGAAGAAGAGAAGAAAAAGAACGUCUCGAACGGGAAAGAAAGCGAGAGAAGGAAGAAAAGGAGAGAUUAGAGCGCGAAAGGCGAAAAGAAAAGGAAGAAAGGGAAAAGAUGGAAAAAGAGAAACGCGAGAAAGAAGAACGAGAGAGACUCGAAAAACUCGAGAGGGAAAAACAUGAGAGGGAGAAGCGACGGGAACGCGAAGAUCAAGAAAGGCGAGAGAAAGAAAAGGCUGAACGCGAAAAAAGGAGAGAUCGCGAGGAAAAGGACAAAGAGAAGAGGGAACGCGAUGACAACAGACGUCAAUCAACCGAGAAUCAUUUGCAUUCCUCUGUUACGCAGUCUCAAAAUCAGGUUACUCCGGCACCGGUAUCGGUCAAACGCAGAUGCUCGUCGCAAGAUUGUCCCACGGACGAGGAUGCUAAACGUAUAAAACUUUCGGACCAUCGACGCGACAGUAAGGAUCGGUCUAGACAAAAUAGGAGAUCCGAAGAUCGUAAGCAUCGCAACGACUCGCAUCGUUCUAGUCGAGAGAGCAGGGAGAGUCGUGAUAGUAAAGAAAGCAGCAGUGCGACACAGGACGGUGAAUCCGUGACCCGAGAAAACAACUCGAGAGAUAGUGGAAAUAAGGAGAAACAGAGGAGUAAAAAGAAUCGAUCGGAGAAGGAAUCGAGAGAACGUAGUCCAAGAGUAUCGCAUGAAUCCGAUAAAGAAUUUUUGUCAAGGUUGGAACUUUCCAAAAGAAAUGAUUCGACUCUGUCCGAGCAAAGUUCCAUGGGGUCGAAUCAUACAAGAGAUGUGCAGCAUCAUCAACAGCAACAGUCUUCUACAUUGAAUUCACACAGUGACGUAGACGAUGGUCCCCUCUCCACUCAUGAAAUACAAACGGUAAGAAAUCCAUCGGCCACAGAUACAGAUAGCGAUGAGCCGAAGAAGCACUCGAUUUUUGACAUUGUCGAUGAUGAGCCUGCUUACAUCAGUAUGUAUGAUAAAGUGAAAGCUCGUUCGACGAAAAAUAUGCAAAAACUAGAAGAGGAGAAGCGUCAAGUGCGAUUAAAGGAUAAAUUUUCGCAAUUGAAGCAAAGUCGCGCCAGGCGAGAAGAGAAGAAGCAGAGUACAUCGUGGGACGGAGAUUCCGUGAGUAGCAAAGCUCUGACUGAGGACGAAGCUACUUCCGAAUCGGAUUCGACGAGAACCAAGUCUCUCUCCAGAAAAGGUUCGCGAUCUCGCAUUCAUUCUGAUACGAGUGAAGAGGAGGAGCCAUUUAAUAACAAAGUUCGCAAGCCUGUAAAGACUGAAAGAUUCCUCGAGAGUGAUGUCGAUCUUGGCUUUGCCGAUACGGAGGAGAAGCAAAAUCCAUUAGAAGCCUCAAAUGUCAUUGUGAAUAGCGUACACACGAACAUUAAGGAAGAACCUCGUACAUCCGACGAAGACGAACGAAUCUCGGUUAGUUUCCGUACGAAUCAUCCGACAAUAGUGGUAAACAAUCACGAGAGAGAUUCACGAAAGAAAUCACAUAAAAAGAAACAGAAACGCCAAAAGAACAGUAUCUCGAGUGAAAAUAAUUUGAAGGUGGAACCGACAGAGAUUCUAGAACAUAAAAAUAAAACCAAUCUCAUUACGUCGUCGAAUGCAGAGUGUCGACCAAAUCAUGGCACGGAAUUGACCACUAUUACCGCCGCUACAACUAUAGUCACGACAGGAUUAGAAAACGCUGAAGAAAGAAUGCGCGCCGAUAAGAAGCAACGUAGUAAAAAGGAUAAGAGGCGCGAUCGGAAUGGAGAGGAGAAGGCCAAAGCGAGGCGAAAGAGGCUCAACAGACAAGAAGCAAGAGAUUCUCAACGUAUGGAGGACAUUUUCGGCCCUCUCUCGGAUGAUGUUGACGAUGGUCCAUCUAAUACUCACACGUUCUUCAAUAGAUUUAGCAAUAUGACAUCGGAGAACAGUGUUUAUGCUUCAGACAGUGACGGUGGUCGUAGUUCGCUCGACAUGGACAGGACAAGACGAAAGACGGAGAAGAAACGACGCCAUCAGCCAGAAGAUGAAAAUAGUGUCGAUUUGGCCGAAGCUGGCCGGGAGAUCGAAGCGAAACUUUUAGGUAUGCCGAGUUCUCCGAAGUCCGCUCCCGUGUGCACUACCGAGCCCAGCGAUCACGAUGUCUUUCGAUUCACCGAUGAUAAUGACAGUGUUGAGCCGUCAACACCUUCGACAGCACCGGAAAAGGUCAAAGAAAAGAAGAAGAAACGGAAGAAAUCGAAAGAAGAACGCAAUCGGAAGGAUUAUCACCAUCACCACCAUCAUCACCAUCAUCAUCACGAGAAGAGUGGUGAAUUACCUUAUCUAGGCGCCGAACCUAGUCCACCGAGAGCGAGUAGUCCAUUAGUAUCUAAGACGAUAUCAUCCAGUUUGCCCGCACCUAGAGAGACAUUAUUGAGCCCGAUACCUAAAACGACUUCCAACGUGUCAACCGUAUCAUCGAUAACCACUCCGGUUGUAAGUGAUAUUCAAACCUCUAAAUCAGAGAAAAAGAAGGACAAAUUUAUACCCGGUUUUGGAAUAGAAAUAGACGAGACAAUUCACGAGAAUGCUGUGAAGAGUAUCUCGGAGCCUGACGAGAAGGACAGCAAUUGUCAAUCGCGUGGCAGCAGAGAAGAACCAGAAGUACCUGUGCCAACAACACCACCGGCUCAAAACGAAGACAAGCCGCGAGUAGCAAUAUCACAGGAAGAAACUGAAGACGCUGUUGCCGCGUUACUCGAAGAAACGUUCGGCGCUUCGACGGAGGACUUCUCUUACGAGGGUGAGGAAGAAGAAACCGAAACUGACGGAAUUACCGGAGCUCCGACCGAGGCUCCUCAAGAAGAUGUCGAAGAAAUGCAACAAGCUGUUGAAAGUUUGAACGCUUCAACAGUGGAAGGCGACGCGGAUCUAAAGCCAGAUACACCGCAGAGCGAACACGAUCUACAAAUUGACACGGAUACAGAGGAGGAUCCGAAUUACGAGACGGUCGAUUUGACGCAACCGCCAAAAACACCGGACAUACCGUCAUUCUACAAGUCUCCGACGAAAACGCUGAAUGUGACGCCUGUCUUAACAACGCCUGAAAAAUCAAUCGAAAUGCGACUACCGCCCACGGUAGUUACUAAACCACAAAGUCCACCGAGUUCCGUGAUCGCUCAUUCUUGGACUUUGAACGAGCACAAGCCGCGCGAAUCCGUCAAGUUAGAAACCACAGAAUCGGACAUUAAUAUCGCUAGUCCGGAAAGAACGGUACAAGUGCAGAGACCAUCCGCGUCGCCACCGCCACAAUACAAGCAACCUAUGUUGGUGCCGUGCAGCGUACCGAUUACGAGUGAAAUGCCAAAAUCGCUCUCCGUUGCAAGUUCACGACCAUCGCCGAUUACGAUGCAGCCUCUGUAUCAGAGGCUUCCCGUGUCUCCGCAAUCUCAGAUGGUACCCAUGCGCCAAGCCUCCCCGAAAAUGCAAACGACGACUGUUUCUUGCUCGUCAACUUCCAAUACGACACCAUUGCCACCGUUAGUUCCGUCAAGAAUACCACCUUUGGUACCAUCGCAGUCAUCGCCGCGCAUUUCUCAGCCUCUUUCGCCCAACGGACAAUGGUCGCGGAAUCCUGCGUUAAGUCCACACGUACCUAACGUGGGUAAGAGAAAAGCUUCGCCACCACCUACCAAGAUCGCGGUAUGCGUGCCUAUCCCUGCUCAUAGACCGGAGGCGCCAGUUCAACAAAUUUAUUCGACCGCGGCGACUCAACAGCCAGUAAUACAGCACGCCUCGGGAAUGUUGGCACCUGCACCCGGUUAUCCUCGCGGUGGUUUACCGCCGUUGACCUUGAAUAUUCCACCACGACCUUAUAUGCCUGUACCACCGUUAGCGUCCGGUAUACAGGUGAAAAAUUCGCGCGAUUCCUCUUUAGGUGGCAAAUCUGUAAUCGAGACGCUACUACCGGUAAAUCCGAAUGAGCCGUCGCAGAGAUUGGAAGAACCAAAAUUGUCGCCCGCUAUUAUACCUGAAUCAACCAACAAAGCGUCUACUUCGCCUAAGGUUCCAUCACCGAAUCAACCGCCCACAUAUAUACCCGAAACAGCGAAGAUCGAGAUCAAUGCCAGUACGUCUAGUCCGGUAUUUGGCAAGCCAGCUUACGUCACGGACAGCUACACGAUGUCAUCUAGAACGCAGAAACAAAUUUCUGUGUCUAUUACAGACGGUAAUCUGCUGUCGCCCAGACAGAAACAAGAAGUGUCAAAUCUUCAACUUUUAACUACGCACGUACCUUCCACGCCCAGCCCUGUAAUCGUGGCUCACGGUCAAUCUCACCUACUUCACAAGUCGGUGCAUACUCUAGGUCCACCGAAUGUUUCUUCUCCAAAUCAAUCGUUAAUAAAGACUGUAGUACCUAUAGUUCCUCAGCAAAUAACGGCGAGCGCGCCAUUAUCAAUAUCCGGCGACAAAUCCGUCAUCCCGCAAACGCCUUGUCAGAGACAGUCGCCUGUUUCUCAAGGUCAAUUAGUUAAAUCUCACAUACCUCUGGUGUCUACAGAGUCGCAGACGAUCAUAACCAGAGUAGUAUCAUCGACCGCAUCUUCUAUAUCGACGCCAUUGAUGAAUGAAUGUUUAGACCAACGCAUCCAAGGACAACAAUUGGAAGUAGACGCUGAAGCACAGAUUAAUCAAACUGCUCAACCGAUGCAACUUACACCACCUAUACAGUCAACCCAACCAAUCGAUGGGAUAAAACAGGAACCAGUCGAUGUUAAACAGGAAGAUACAGUAGACGAAACUGAAUAUAUUAUAGCCGCGCCCGAGGAACUUUUGAAUCAACCCAGCGUAGAAAAUGAUGUAAAACUAGAAAAACAAGAAAUAGUAAUUAAGACAGAGAAUGCGCCAUGCAUUCCAAAAGUCGAAGUUGCCGAUGUACUGAUCGCAACGAAACUCGAAACGGAAACUCCUAUAAAAUUGGAACCUGUAAAUGAAAUUAAAGAAGAGAUUAAGGAGAAUGAUGAGAUGGAGUUAGACGAAGAGGCAGUAGAAGAUCCGUUGAAAGAACCGAGCACGGAUCCUCUUGCUAUUGAUUCUAAAGAAGAUCCGAUUGAUAGUAAAGAGGAUAGCGACUAUUGGUCCGCGAAGGAAGUAAACAUCGAAAGCGUAAUAAAGAAAGUCGAUGCUCUGUGCGACGGUGAGGGUAAUGAUGGCGAUGACGAAGCGCAACAGAACGAAAGCGCGAACAGCGACUCGCACGAUACAAGUAAGAAUGAAUCAGAUUGGUUUGAUCCCGUGUCAUCGAUAGAGGGCGAGAGUAAAAAGAACUUUGUAACAACUGACGAACACGACGAGAGUAUGGAAACGUGCGAAAAUGAGUCUACGAGGAGUCGUCGUGGCAGAGCGAAGAGUAGACGCGGCAGUCGUGGCGGGGUCACCACCAGGCGAGGUGGCAGGAACGCGAGCACUGUCUCUCACAGACGAGGUGGUAGAAGUUCCCGAGGUAGCAAACAUCAUGUUGAGAAGAAUAAAUUGCCUGCUGAUGUUUACGAGUUCCAUGACGACAGCGAGGAGGAUAACGCCGGUCGUCCGCGACUUAUUCUCACUAUUAAAUCUCCCGGACCAAACGUAACAGGAUCCAAUGCGCAACCAGCGAUUCCCGUGGCCGCGGUUAAGGAAAUACCGCCGGAAGAGUUUGUUUCUCCGGCUGCUAAUACGAGGAAAUCAAGAAGAUUGGCGGAAAGAGACGGUAGUCGCAAUACGGUCGACGAUGUCAUCGAGGAUGUUGUCCGUGGAUCACCUGCGAAUAAAGGAUUGGUCAGCAGCGCCGCCGGGAAUGUGCAUGCCACCAGGCGAAGUACUAGACACAACAAUGCUCCUCGCAAUACGACGGUGCAACCUAUUGCGCCACUGACAACGGAACUUCGUAAAUCACCUAGAGGCAAUCGUAAGACGGCGAGGCGAACAUCCGAGAAUAACGAGGAUAGCGGAGAGGAGAAGGCGAAGGAAGUAGUCGUGACGUCGCAAGAGAUAUCGAUAAAAGAAGAACCAAAACCGGCUCAACCGGAAAGUCCAAAAACGGAGGAACCGGCUCAAAUUGUUGUCACAUCGGCGCCGCAGAAGACAGUGUCGCUCGAACCGAUGACGUUGAUCGAUCCAGUCACGGGAAUGUUGAUACCUAUGAGGGAAUCCGAGGAGGGUCAAUAUAUACCAGUAUCCGCGGCAUCCAGUCAGGUGCAAACUAUCAAUAGGACACCAUGCGAACCUCGAAGCAGUGGAUUAGUCAACGCAAGUUCGACAAAUGAAACGCCACGAGUGAAAUCCGAAAAUUCUCCGUUAGUAAUAGCAGCGGAGCCGAAGAAAGAGGUCGUUAUAGAACAUCCACCUUGUCAAUCGACACCAACACAGCCGGUCCAACCGCACACUAGCGUGAUUACGAAACCACAAUCCCCGACAGUACAAGUGCAAGUUACCUCUACCAUUACUAUUGCGCAAUCUUCUACGACAACCACGACUAUUGUCACUACUGUGACUGCGACGUCUGUAGCAUCAACUACAACGGCUCAACCUACCUCUUGUUCCUCGCAGACGAAACCUACGAGUCUUAAGGCGCACGUCUUAAACGCUAGCAAGCUCGUGACUUCGGCUCAGCAGCAGGUUGUCAUCACGAAACCGGUGGCUCCAAGCUUGCCUAACCAAACGAUAGUACAAAACAUCGUCAAGUCAUCCGCGCAAGCGAUACAGGGCCUCAAUCUGCAGAUACCACCUAGCAGAGUCGUGUCGCCCAGCUUAAGUCCGCGUGCGAAACAGGCGGCGCAAUUGACGCCAGUGAACACAGGCGUGAAGCAAGGUCAACCCAUGUCACCCGUACUCAACAACACCGGAGCACCGCCUAAUCCUAAACAACAUCUUUUGCAAGCCGCCAAGCAACAAACGCCAACGAUAGUAAACAUGUCGCAAAAAAUGCCAAUAAAUAUGCAUCCUGUUAGUGUAAACGUUACCAGAAUGCACCCACCGGUCUCGCAGCCCACCGCUCUCAAGGGUAUUAAUGGACAACCUCAUCCAAUUAAUCCAAAGACACAUUUACUGCAAGCUGUAGUUCCACCGAUUGUUACCGGGAGUUCAUCUACGCAACCGCAUCUCGUUAAUCCACAGCCGAUUUCAACCGGCAGUACCCGGCCACCGGUACCAAAAACUCCUGCCACUGGAACAAUAGAACCGCAAAAAGUAGAAGUGCCGAUGUCUGGUUGUAUCAUGAUGCCAACUGCGAGCCCGCAAAGUCGCAGUGUACCGAUGCCAACGUACGAGGCUCCAUUGCACGGAAGUACAGGUGCUACUCCACCAGGGGGUCAGUAUGGUCUUGUCCCCCCGCAUCGAUCCCAGAGUCCUCCAUUGCCUCCACCUGCCCAUCAUCACGUUAAUACUUCACAGAAUGAAGUUGUCAAUCAUUACGGAGGACUGACUCGUGGCGGAGAGCUGCCACCUCAUUAUUUACAUUCUCAGAUGUUACAAUACCAAUAUCAUCUCCGUGCGCAACAGGAAGCGUUAACGGCACCUCGCAUAGCUUAUCACAUUCCAGGGACAAGAUCUCCGCAUCUACCUUUAGAUCCGAAACUCGAGACCGGCAUAGAGGACAGUCACAGUCCUCCUUUAGAAUUGAGGCGAGGAACGAGAACACCUCAAGAUCGUACCACCGAUAGUCCACAAGUUGCUCAAGUUUAUAUGUUACACGGAAGAUUACCACCUCCACCGCCGCAGUAUAAUGCGGGAAGUAAUCCGUCAUUACCCGGCACUCCGGCUGGUGCUAGAGCAGGUUAUUACGAACCACCGCCCGCUCAUUUACGUUCUCAAUAUCCGAUGGCUGCCAGUGAAGCGCCACCUGAAAUGGGCAGAGCUGCCACGCCGGAGAGAUGCAGAAAACAUCAUGUCGUCACGCCACCACCGUAUGCGUCUCAGGUGCCACCGCAAGCGGAUACGUUUCAGAUGUUACUCCAACGUUACCCGGUUAUGUGGCAAGGUUUAUUGGCGCUCAAGAACGAUCAAGCAGCGGUACAAAUGCAUUUUGUUUUCGGCAAUCCUAACGUGGCCAGAGACAGUUUGCCAUGUAACAGCGAUGGUUCCACACCACCAUUGAGAAUAGCUCAAAGAAUGAGAUUGGAACAAACUCAAGUUGAAGGCGUAGCGAGAAAGAUGCAGACUGAUAACGAACAUUGCAUGUUGUUGGCAUUACCUUGUGGUCGUGAUGAAGUAGAUGUAUUGCAACAAAGUAAAAAUCUUCAAACAGGAUUUAUCAUGUAUCUCCAACAAAAACAAGCUGCUGGAAUCGUAAACAUUGCCGCACCCGGAUCGCAACAGCCGGCAUAUGUAGUUCACAUUUUCCCGUCUUGUGAUUUCGCGCAUGAAAAUUUGGCAAGGAUUGCACCGGACCUACUUCAUCGUGUCGCAAAAAUUGCUCAUUUACUAAUCGUCAUUGCUACGGUUUGAGACCGAUUAUUGAUCUACCGGAUUACGAUUUAUCCGUAUGUCUCGUCUUCACGCACCGCAGGACGCUUCAUACCUGGCAUGAAGCCUGGAGUGUCCGCUUGACACGCGCGUAGUUAUGCGACAAAAAGCAGGAUGCGCAUUCAAAAUGAAGAGCUCCUUAUCCGGAGUUGUAUCAGUGACAAUCAAAUGGAACCCGGCGGGGUAAACUGAUCUUUAGAUCGUAGGCCUAAAAACGGGGCACGAGGUUGUGCGGUGAAGUGAGGUUAGCACCUUCAAAUGCGUUGGUCAUCAUCGUGCGUACCUCCCUUCGAUGAAAUUCGCGCAGGCAAGCUCGGUUCUUUCUUGCUUUUCUUCUUCUUCUUUUUCUUUGAACGGCUUGUAACUCGCGUCAAUUAUAAUACUGACAAUGUUUGUCGGAUCGACCGACAUCACUCUUGGUCUUUCUUACAAGCGGGUCAGGCACAACCCCAGCCUUUAAACAAGACCUUCGAUUCGUCAUGCGAUACUCAUUACUUACGUUCGUCCCUCCCAUAGAGAAAGCAGUAAGAAUUCAUGUCUCUUAAUGGACAAGUCAAACGCGAAGUAAAGAUAUAGAAGCAGCUAACAUACCCUAUCACUAUCAUGAGUUAUUACGAGCUAUUUCAAAUAAGGUUUAGGCGUUAAUAAUAAUAAAA